GUCAACUCCAUUGUCCUCACCACAGAGCCAUUGCGUCUCUUGAUGCAAGGUGUGCUUGGGUCAAAGUCGGACCUGGCUCAGACUGGCCUGCUUGUCUUCUGUACUCACGAACACAGGAGGGUGCACAGACUAUGUACAUGACGAUGGUCUUUGGGUGGUGUGCUUAUCUGGUUUCUGUUGAUGAUUCUUGGCAAGAAACCCUUUUUCUAUGGUUUUACAUGUCCCAAACCGGAUAGUGCAUGGGAGAGACAACUCCGGCCGCCCUGGGGAGAGACCUCGAGAAAGGGCGCUGUGUAGGAUGUUAUCAGGACCUUUGGAAGGAAAAAGAAGGCUUUCCGCUGGCGGCGCCCCUCGCGUGGGGGUUUCCGGCUGCUCUCAGACAUGCACAUCAUCAGGAAGAGGUGGAGAUGGCAAGACAAGGAAAAACCAACCCAUCGUUGAUAAAACCUUGAACUUGUGCAUGUGUGUGAGAGAUAAGUCAAGAAAGACAUGGACACCAUACGCCGCCCACCCUGCUGAGCUGGCAUGUCGGGCACCUCUGAGAGAACUGCAGACUGGAAACGCGAGGAUUUUCCGUAAUUCGAGGUCUUGCUUGAGUUCCUCUUUGCGAAGAAACCCUAUUUCUGUUGCCAUCGAAGAUCGUGACGACAUACAAACAUGCAGUACACCAGGUCGCUCUGAGCAAGCAGGCAGAGCUGCUGAGGGUUGGCGAGGGGUGUUGUCGUCAAGUUGGGGAGUCUGGAUGUCCGCAAUCUCGAAAAUGCAGGCGGAGAGUAACGUCACGGAAGCUUUGAGAAUUGCUGGACACGGCCAACCUGCUCCGGCGGCAGGGCAACCAUGCUGCUUGUGUCGUGGACGAGCUUGAUGGCGUCGGGCAGCUUAUCCAGGCAUUCAUGGUUACACAGAAGCAAUAGGGCGGCUGUGCAGACAAGAAGUCGUACUUUGUCGGAAACUUCACCGUCACGAAUUUCAAAGAGUGAUAGCUCCUUAUCCAAUGCAGUGCCAUGGCUGUGCGUUUCGUG